AUGGAGUUCUAUCCACUGUGGGAAGAGUUCCAGCUGCAUUUGGUGCGCAAGUACAUAGCUGAGGGGACCACACAAGAUGAGUACUACCUCUUCAUGGGCGGGAACAACAAGCGCAUUGAACGGGCGCUGAAGGUGAUUGGCUGCAAACGUGCGAACAUGAACAAGCCGAUCAAGCUCUGGGCGUGGGGUGCUGGUGGCGUCAUUGACAAGGAAAAGUGGUUCCUCUUGAAGGUUGGUGGCAUCAUUCCAACACAGGCGCGUGAUGAGAAGGAGUGGGUCGAGAAGUUUAAACAUCCAAAGUAUGGCUACGACUGGCACUGUUCUGCUCAGGGCCGACCUUUUGCGAAUGCGGGCUUUGAGCUGGCAGUCAAGAAGGCAUUCGUCAGUGCCCGGUGCAACAUGUUUGUAGUUAAGAUUCCUGCAGUCGGCUAUCUGUGCAACGUGGUCGAAUGGCCAUUGGAGAAUCACAAGGGCAAGAAGGGCUAUGCAUCACUUGACAACAACGAGACCAACAACCGCAACAAUGUGCAUGCCAAGACGAGGGUGGUUGCGGCAUGGCUGAAGGAAACCCUUGACACGGAGCCUGCCACAUUCAAGUUCGAUGAGCCCAUGGGGUUUGAGAUGGGUGUUGGGAAGGCUCAUCGCCGCCUCUCAUCCGCGCAUCACCUCUGGCAGCACUGCUGCCGCUGGUCCUUCCAGCCCGUCUCGCCCCACCUGUUGAUUGCCAUGGGUUCGCAUUCCCACAGCACGGCUGUGCGGAGCCUCGUGCUCGCUGCACUGGCUGCUCUCAUGCUCUCAGCCUGUGCGCCCAGGGCUGCCGCCAUUCGCCAUUUGCACGGCCUGCUGCCAGCCGCUUCAAGCACCGCCGCUGACCACUCGUGUGUGCGGUGGGGCUGCGGCGCCAAUGCGGUGUGCGUGAAGGACAGGGGCGUCGCCAGCUGCGUCUGCAAUGUUGGAUUCGCCAUGACCCCCACCGGCUGUGCUGACAACUGCGCACUCAAGGCGUGUGGCGUGAACGGCAAGUGCAUCAAGGACAGUGCUGGAGUGGCGUCCUACACGUGUGCUCUCAAGAAAUGUGGGGCUAAUGCUAAGUGUGUGAAGAGCGCAGCUGGAGUGGCGUCCUGUGUGUGUGACACUGGCUUCGCGUUGCAGGCUGAUGGCGUCACAUGCACCGAUACAUGCGCGCUCAAGAAGUGUGGCGUCAACGGCAAGUGCGUCAAGAACGCUGCCGGAGUGGCGUCUUGCGUUUGCGACGUUGGCUUUGCUCUACAGACUGACGCCUCCACAUGCACUGGUGCGUGCUCAAUCCCGCAUGCACUGGUGCGUGCUCAAUCCCGCAUGCACUGGUGCGUGCUCAAUCUUGCAUGCACUGGUGCGUGCUCAAUCCCGCAUGCACUGGUGCGUGCUCAAUCCCGCAUGCACUGGUGCGUGCUCAAUCCCGCAUGCACUGGUGCGUGCUCAAUCCCGCAUGCACUGAUGCGUGCUCAAUCCUGCAUGCACUGGUGCAUAUGUUGUCCGCAAAAAUCUUUCAAGGGGGUGUCGUGCUGUGCUGUGCUGUCACCGGCGUAA